UAUUUUGUCAGUUCAUUUAUAAAAGCGACAGUUACCAGCGACAUCAGACACAUUUGAACGACACCCAAGAUCAGUGAGCGUCAGCGCGUUUAACGUAUAAGAAUUUUAAAAUUAAUAACUGUUGGCAAUAUGGUGGAAAAGCGACGGUGUUCACUGCAAAUCAGUGAAAAAUUCAGCAAUCCCGUUAUUGGUGUGAGACACAUACAGUGUCUGAUAAUAUUCUGCGGUCUAUGCCUGAUUUAUGGCAUGCGUGUGAAUCUGUCGAUGGCCAUAGUGGCGAUGAUGGAUAAUGCAGGUGCGAAUCCGAAUUUUCCAGAAUAUGCGUGGUCGGAGCAAACAAAGUCACAUAUACUAAGCAGCUUCUUCUUCGGCUAUAUAUUUGCGCAGGUGCCGGCCGGCGCAUGGGCGCGUCGCUACGGUGGUCGUGUACUUUUAUUCAUAAGUGUGACCUGCAGCAGCGUGUUGGCGUUGCUCACACCGCUUGGUGUCAGUGUGGGUGAUUGGCCACUACUCUGUGGUUUGCGCUUCUUUCAAGGUUUAGUGCAGGGCGCCAUCUAUCCAACUAUUGCAACGAUUAUGGCCGAAUGGGCGCCAAUUGAGGAACGUAGCGCUAUGCUCACCUAUUGCUGUUCGGGUCUUGAAUUGGGCAUUGUUGUGAUGUUGGCCAGCAGUGGCAUGCUUUGCUCUUCCGAUUGGGGUUGGCCAAGCACAUUCUAUAUACCCGGUGCACUUGGAUUAAUAUGGUCCGCCAUUUGGUUUACAUUCGGUGCGAGUACGCCGAAUGAUUGUAAAUACAUUACAGUGGCCGAACGCACGCUGAUCGCUACUUCGUUGAAGCGUAAUAUGGCACAGAGUGGAGAGAAUAAAGUGGCGCAUCCGAUACCUUGGCUGAAAAUUGGCACAUCGAGACCGUUCCUGGUGCUCGUACUCAGUCAAUGUGCGAGCAGUUGGUGCUUUUGGACUUUACUCACGCAAAUACCAUCGUACAUUAAAAGUAUACUCGGCAAGGAUAUACAGAGUAAUGCUUUUUAUUCCGCGUUACCGUAUCUCACAAUGCUUGGUCUUUCACUGGCGCUCUGCCCGCUCGCCAGUUAUUUGGAGAAAUCGAAACGGUUGAAUGCGACGGUUAGUCGGAAGAUAUUCAAUACCAUCGGUCAGUGGACACCCGCAGUCACUUUGGUCUAUUUAGGCUUUCUACGCACCGAUCAAGCUGAUCUCGCCAUUGUGCUGCUCACACUCACCGUUACAAUUAGCACAGUUACGCACUUCGGCUAUCAAGCUAAUCAUCUCGACUUAUCGCCACACUUCGCCGGCACUCUAAUGGGUAUCGCGAAUUCGGCGUCGAACGUGAUGAGCAUCAUAGCGCCGCUGGUGGUUGGUUACAUUGUCACAGAUACGAAAAAUUUACUACAAUGGCGCGUUAUUUUCUCAAUGGCGGGCGGUAUCAGUUUCAUUGGUAAUCUUAUGUUUAUAUUUUUCGGCACUGCCAAAGUACAGUUAUGGAAUAAGGUACCGCAAAUGAUCGCAGAAACGACUCACCAUAACGGAGAACAUUCAGUGGAGAUGAAGAAUGUACAAAAUUGUACGGAAAAGAGUGCUGAUAAUGUUGGUAGUUCAAGAGAGUCCUUAAAUUUAGUUUGAUAUUAAUGAAAUUAUUAUUUAAAUAUAAUUCUAGAAAUAUUUUUUGUACUAAUAAUUAUAUAUUUAUAAAAUCAUAUAUUUAUAGUUCUUCGUUUUAAUAAAAAUAAAUAUUUAAUCAAAAAUACAAAA